ACAUUUGUUUUGCGUUUCUUGGAAGCGAUACAUCAAUUAAUGUAUAUAAUAAAAUAAUUAAUAACAUUAUACUAUCAACAACACUACACCUUAACAAAUUAUAAACAUUAAAAACACUGUACAAAAAUGGGUUUAACACUAUAUUAACGCAUUCGAUAACUGCAACUGACUUUUAGGAUAAUAUUAUAAACUAUAGGUACACUGACUGACAAAAGUUUUAAAUUUAAAAUCCUUAAACACCGAAUAAAUUAGUUGAUUACCUAUAUUAUAUUUUACUAAACACACGUUAGCAGUGCACAAUUUCGGUGGUUUUUCUUGUUUUCUACGGUUUUAGUGCUUUAUGCAAAAUUAUGGCAAUGGAUCGGUCAAUAUAUUCAAUGCGUGUAACAUAAUAUAUGGAAGUGAUAGCAUAGACGAACUACCGCAACACCAAACGGAAUCUUCGACAACAACGGAAAACGUGUUGAACAGAUUGAAAUCGAUAGCGCACUUACGAAUGGCCGAGAUGAAUAAGCCAGCAAUGGAUUCGGUGACCAGAGAAGAGCUGGAGGCGCUUAGGGACCUUUUAGAUAAAAACCUUCAAAAGUACCAGAAUUAUAACGAGUACUCGACGAGAAAACGGCCGAGCGACCCGUAUAUAGGUCAGAUACUCCAAAACCUUAACGGAGAACCGCAUUCAACCGGCGGCGGCGGCGGCGGCAGCGGAAACAACAAUGUGCAGCAGCAGCAACACCACCACCACCAUAACGACAACGACGGCGACAUGGCCGAACAAUUUUCGGAACGCCAUCAGAUGCCCAUCAGGCGCAAGAUCAUUAGACACACGGUGUUUGCGACACCAUUGCAGGGCGGUAACGCGGGCACUUCGAAUAGGAUAUAUAACGGCGGCGACGCGAGAAUCGAAUGGAGUUCGCCUUGGGCCGAUUACUUCCCAAUAUUGAUCAAAGAUCCGCUGCAGACGAUGAUGAACUCGUUUUCCGAGAUCAUCGAGUACGGUCCGGCCGCCGACAUUUGCAGGCACGCGACGACCGACGACGCGACAACAGUAACAGGUGACGACGGCAAAGGACCGUCCCGGACCAAUAGACGAGCUUCCGACCGCGGUAUGGAUUCCACUUUUAGACCGGAAACGCGGAGGCGGUCACGCCGGAACACGGCGGCCCGGUCGGAAGAGGAAAAGGGAGCACUGCUGAACCACGUGCGGCCGUUCAAGUCGACGACGACCACCACACCGGAACCGUCGAAGAUGUUCCCCUGGUCGCCGGACAAGCAGGCCACCGAGCACAACGGUGACACGGGCCCGCAGAUCAAGCGGCUAGUGGUCCGCCGUGGUGGCGUGGCGAUCGCGGGUCCCGGGGGCAUAGCCACCGCCGGAUCCGGUGGUACGGCGAUCGUGGGCCCCGGCGGGUCGGCUUACAGCACCAAGCACACCGCGUCCGGCGCCUCCUCAGACGUUCCGAUGGGGGCCGGCGGCAUUUCGAUGGGCGGCUAUGGGCCGCAGAUGGUGCAGUCCCCGACCGGCUAUUACGCGCCGUACCCGCCACAGGGCAACGGUUUCGCGCGGAGCAUGAACGCAGGCACCGGCGGCACGGCCGUCCUGUCCACGGACGGUGUCGCUUACACGUUCCCCGCGCCGUCCCGGGGACUGACGGCGUCCCAACGUCGGCGCGGCGGAGACGAGGCUCGCGAGAUCUCACUUCCGGACGGCGCCAAGCUGAUAGCCACCGGGCCUAUAGUGUACUACAACCCGGAACCGUCCGUCCGGAAGAGGUCGCGCAAGGGCAAAAAGUCCGUGACCCGCGGGACCGCCAACGCCGAGAAACACGACAACCACCUAUUUUGACGAUAUGCCCCGCCGCCUAACGUCUACUCGUUUGUUCCUCAACAACAACACAAGACUGUCGUGAUAUAUUGCACAAUAUGACGAUAUUACUAUAUAAAAGCUCUAUAUUGGCAUACCUACAUUGACACAAAAAAUUAUUUUAAGUAUACAUAGGUUUAGCGUAUUUAUAGUAAUAUUUUAGUUACGUUUAUUUAAGUAGUACCUUUAACAAUAAUUAUUAUAAUACAUCAUAUCCUGUGGUAGUUCCGUAAUAUUUACUCGUAUAAUUAUAAAUAUUAUGUAUACAUUUACAUGUAAUUCUUCUCUUAGUUUUGUUUUGUGUAUACAUAAGUUGAAUGCUGUACUAUCAUAUUUUGUAUUGUUUGAUCGUAUGACUUAUACGAGUAAGAUAUUAUACGCACCUGACUUUAUUCAUAAUAUUAUGUUACACAAUCUUUAACAUUUCACCUAUAUUAACAAUAUUUUUCAAAUUUACUAAUAAUAUUCAACUAUGAAUACAAUGUAUACCUAAUUACUUAUGUAUAAUGUCUUACACGUUAAUUUACGUAAACACCAUUAGUUAUUAUUUGAUUUACAGAUAUAUGUUAUCUC